GGAGGCGCCACUGGCUCGCCGGCAGGAAAAGAGGCAACAUCUCCAACUCCGUGACGGCGACGGCGAGGGUAGGAGGAGGAGAUGAAGCUGAAGCAGCUGGAGGGCCUGCUGGGGGGCCUGACCCAGUUCUCCGACCCCAAGGUGGAGCUGGAGCAGUACGCGACGGGCCCCCACAUCGCGUCGAGGAUGCUCUACACGGCCGAGAACAGCUUCGACGACAUAGCUGGUAAAGUGGUGGCGGAUUUUGGGUGCGGCUGUGGUACCCUGGCCGUCGCGAGUGCUCUGCUGGAUGCUGAGCAUGUCACUGGUAUUGAUAUUGACCUCCAGUCCCUUGAACUUGCUCAAGAAAAUGCUACUGAUCUAGAGCUGGAUAUCGACUUAAUUCAGUGUGACAUAAAGAACUUAAAUUUAAAAGGCCUUCUUGUUGACACUGUUGUCAUGAAUCCUCCCUUUGGGACAAAAAGAAAAGGAGCCGACAUGGAAUUCCUUUCUAUGGGCUUGAAGGUUGCAUCUCAAGCUGUCUAUUCUCUACACAAGACUUCCACACGAGAAUACAUCAAGAAGGCAGCCCUGCGUAAUGGCAACGCAGUCAGUGCUGAAGUUCUGUGUGAGCUGCGCUAUGAUCUACCUCGGACCUACAGGUUCCACAAGCAAAAGGAGCUCGAUAUUGCAGUCGAUCUGUGGCGCUUCGUCCCACAAGCUCGAGACGAAAGGGCAAGCUAGCAGCCUAGCAUGACGCGGCAAUGUGACGAGGCCGUGACAUCACGCUUGUUGAACCACCACAGCGUGAUGGCUGGACUUGCUAGAAGAAGAAAACCCCAGUAGAUCAGCAGCCAUACCCACCCUGGGCAGUGAUAGGGCUUUCCGGCACAUUGGCAGGCAGGAUUGGUGCUCUCUCUGUACCAGCACUUGUUCAGUUUUUUCUUGUUCUAUACUCCUACUAUCAGAGAAAAACAGCGUCUGGGAACAAAAUUCAGCGUUAAAUCGGCGAGCAUCGUCUCUGCGCCCAGUUACUCUCUACAAAGUGGAAAUUUUUGCUGCGAGUAAUUCACAGCGUACACUCAUCUGUUUUUUUUUCCUUUUGUAGAACACACGACAUUGUUUUGCUAAACAUUUUAGUCUUUGUGGGUCUGUCUAGGACA